GGGUAGAUACACAGAAUUUCACAAGUUUCCAAUGAGUUUUUGGGCUACUCCCAGAGGGUUUUGUAUCUUUAUGUCUUAAGAUAUGAAUCAGCUCUGUUCCCGACUUUGGAACCGACGAUGAUUCUUCUUCACCUUCUUCUACUUCUACUUCUACUUCUUCUUCUUCUUUCUCCUCCUUGAAUCUCAAUCUCCUCCAGAACAUUAAUCCAUUAUGGGUGAAGAUGAUAUAGUAGAGCUCUUAUGGAAGAGCGGCCAAGUUGUUGAAAGCAGCCAGACACAGAGACCACCUGUUCCUCCUCCCAUUCUCCGAGGCAGCGGAAGUGGCGGCGGCGGCGGAGAAGAAAGUGCUCCGCUUCCACCGCCUCCGCCUCUCCAUAAUCACCAACAGCAACCGUCUGAUGAUCAGAAUCUAUUCAUAGGCGAAGACGAAAUGGCGUCUUGGCUUCUCCAUCAUCCUCUCCGCGAAGAAGACCAGUUCCACUCCCAUCUUUUCUACUCCGGCGUUGUCUCAGCCGUCCCAUCUACUCAGCCGCAGGCCUCCGCCUCUCUCACACCACCACAGCCACCAGCAGCUAGUACUGUUUACACUCCGACGGCGGCGGAGAGACCGAUGGGUCAGGUAAUGGCCGAGGGAAGGGCAGAGAGCUUCUUCAACUUCUGGAGGCUAAGAGGGAAUAUACAUACGGGCGGUAGAGUUGAAACAGCAGCUGCACAGUGGGUUAAAGAUUCGACGCAGGUGGGAUCAAGCGCGACUCCGUCGUCUUCGGCGGCGACGGCCACUAGCGGAGUCUUGCAGGCUUUUGCAGUUCAAAGUCUUGGUCAGAGGGUUGAUACGGUUUGCGAGAUCGCCGGACCAUCUUCGUCGGUGGUCUCAAAGACCGAAACGGAGCUGUUUCUUAUAGAGACAGAAGCUGAUGAUGAUGAGAGGAAGCGAGAGGAGAGAGAAGAACCCUCUGAUGAUGCCGAGGAAACUGGUGAAGAAGCUCGUGGUUCAACCUCUAGGAAGAGGUCACGCGCUGCGGAAAUGCAUAACAUCUCUGAAAGGAGAAGGAGAGAAAAGAUUAACGAGAAGCUGAAAGCUCUCCAAGAACUCAUUCCUCGCUGCAACAAGACUGAUAAAGCUUCAAUGCUAGAAGAUGCUAUCGAGUACGUUAAGUCGCUUCAGAUGCAAAUACAGAUGAUGUCAAUGAGAGGUGGUGGUAUGAUGCCGAUGAUGUAUACACCAAAUAUGCAACGUUUCAUGCCUUCCUCAGCAAUGGGAAUGAUGGGCAUGAACCGGCCUCCAUUUAUACCUUUCCCUGGCAUGGCUUUACCUAGGCCGGCUCAUAUGGAAGGUCUAGGUCCACCGUAUCCACCACCAAGAUAUCCUUUUCCAAACGUUCAAGCCUUUGACCCGAACCAGCCUCAGUUUCCGGGUUACAUGAAUCCUUAUAGCCAGUUUGUUGGUCUCCAACAAAUGCAACAACCUCCUCCUCCUACUCAGUUGCAGAAUCAAUCAUCAUCACAGCUGAGUUUCAGCCAGGCAAGUAGUAGUAAGGAACCUGAAGAUCAGGAUAACAAACCAAACGGUUAAUAAAGGGUCGGUUCUCCAAGCAAAUCCACAAAGUUGAAGAUAUAACCAGAGAUAUAGCAUGUAAAUUUUAGUCAAGGUUAAAGUAGGCCCCCUUUUCUGUUUCUGUAAAUGUCAGAACAUGGAAUCUUGAGGGUAAUAUAGACGGAUAAGGUGAGUAAGAGAAGAGAUAUACGUGUUCACCAAAAACGGUCUUGUUUUUCUAUAAAGACAAUGAACAUUUCUCUCCUGCAACUAAUAACACGUUGUAACGAAAACAAUAAUUAAGAGUACUUCUGGAACUUAUGUUUG